GAAAACAAAUUACUACAUGACUCAGGGCUACAAUGAUAAUCUAUACGGUUCACAUUACGUUUCGAGUCACGAGCCGUCCGGCAGCGAGGCAUAUCCAAGUCUCGGCGAUCAAUGCACCUCAAGUCGGGGUGGUAGGUUGCGACCGUCACAAUUGUCACCGGCUUCGUCGAGUAACGCUUUCAACAAUUUCAUGCCCACAAUGGCGUUUGUCAACAACACUCUUAUCAGGGGAAGAUUCAUGAGCAUCGACAGGGACAUUCUACCACCGCCACCACUACCAGGAGAAAUCAUGUCUCCUCUCUCCAUGAAUGGUUUUAUACCUCCACACUUGCUGAACAGGAGCGGAAGUCGGUUGGAUAGUCCUCUAUUAAGCCAACGUUUGACACCCACAUUGUCGAAUCAUUCAGGCCAACUGGGAGCGGACGAGACAGAUCUAGCAUUGCAGGAUCUUCCACUAUUUUCGCUCAUCUCUGGUCUCACCCUGUCAAGACUCAUCUCAUCUUCGUGCAACAUCCCGCCACUUCUACCAUCGCUGUCUUUUUCAUCGGUCGCCAACGGAUUCACGGCGCCGUUAUUUUUGACAAACGGCAAUAUCGCGAAGAUGAUUGCAAUCAAUCUGCCAAAGUUUAGGCCUCUGAAAAGCAUUGUGAAUGGUCAGCUAAAGAAAUCCGUCAAUCUGAAUAUUCCAUUGGUCGAUCCGUGA